AUGGAAGCCCUGAGCCCUGAGCAGCCCAAUCAAGCCCUGCACUGUUUGGCUGAAGAUCAGCUAUGUGCCUACGGGCAGUCGGCGCUGAACACUGUGCUCACGUCGGAUCCCAUUGCGCUCUACGAAUCGUGGUCCAAAGGACGCUCCGAAGUGGAUCCCUCGCAGUCGAACCAGAUGGUGGAUGCAAACUACCUGCCCGAGCUUCUGGGCACCACAGACGGCCAGGCAGUGAAGGGCACGCCAGAAGGAAGCUCCAUCGGGACUUUUGUGAACUUCCGCAUGCUUCACAACAAGGAGGCAGGGCUCUUGCCCGCACCAACUGUUGCUGAGCAUGCGGUUCAGCUCAACACAGGUUGGACGAUAUCCAAGUGCAAGAGGUGGUUGACAGUCACGGCACCUUCGGGGCAGAGUGUUUCCGUGACCCUUGCCACACGUCCUCCAGGCCAACCGGCUCCACAGUGGAUGCGUCUAUGCCAGGAACUCUUCGAUCGAAAGUCAUCCGGCCCGGUGGGUGAAGCUUCCGAUGGAUGGCAGAAUUCGCUUCAUGCAGAGGGACAGCUUGUGAAACAGAAUGAAGAAAGGGUCGCCAUAAGUUGUUGCGCACAAGCUGUGACCUCCUCGGACGGACCGUUCAGGGCAGAACUUGGCAAUGUUGCUGGCACAGAGGCGCCAAAUCGGGGAAUCUAA